CGCACGGUCGCCGGGCGGAGCUCCUGCCCUCGCGCGCCCCCGCCCCGCGCGCUCCCGCCCUCUGCGCGCGGCUCCCGCACCUGGAGUGUGGGGUCCUAAGUCCACCCCGGGGAGGCGGAGCGCGAGCUGUGGGGCGUGUGGCGGGGAGGACCGGGCUCCUGGGCCCGGGACAGCAGGACGGAGCCCUCGGCCCGCGUGGCCACAGCCUCCGAUGCACGCUCUUUGCUUCGGGAGAGACGCCGGGGCGCAGAGGGGCUGCGCGCCCCGCAGGAGGGGGAGACGCUCGGAGACCCUGGGUUCUGAGCAGCGAAGCCGGCGGCGGGCAGGGGCUUAAGGGCGGAGGAGUCCGGGCUUUCCGCGAACCACGGCUGUGGAGCCAAAGGUCCUCGCCCUGCUGGGUGAUGGGUCUCCAGCAGCCAGUGGGACGGGGCCGGGGCCUGCCGAGCGGAGUUGCUCCCAAGCACAAGUCAAUGACUUCCAUGACCAGCGUUGCUAGCAGGACCGGAACCAGCCUCUGACCCAUCCUGGCAGCCUGACUGACCCACCACAAAGACAGAGAGCGAGUCCUGCCAGCCCUGGGGUCCAGCCUGCUCAGCUGAGGAGCCGUGGAGCCAGGGGUGGCACCGUGCCCGGCUUGCUCGAGGAGGCCCUGGUCAGACCAUGGCAGGCGUCUGCGACAGGCCCCCCAACUUCCUCUCCCCUUCCGGAGACCAGACUCUGGGGCCUCCCCUGGGCAGUGUGGUCACGCUGAACUGCACGGCCUGGGUGGUCUCUGCGCCCCAAUGUCCCCUGCUCCCAGUCCGGUGGCUAAAGGACGGGCAGCCGCUGGGCAACGGCAGCCAUUAUGACCUUCAUGAGGACGCCUGGGUCAAGGCCAACCUGUCAGAGGUGCUUGUAUCCAGUGUCCUGGGGGUCAACCUGACCAGUGCUGAGGACUACGGGGCCUUCACCUGCUCCGUCCAGAACGUCAGCUCCGCUUCCUUCACUCUCUGGAGAGCUGCCCCAGCAGGCCACUUGGCCGCCGUGCUGGCCUCACUGCUGGUCCUGCUGGCCCUGCUCCUGGCCGCCCUGCUCUACCUGAAGUGCCGACUCAACGUGCAGCUCUGGUACCAAAAUGCCUACGGGGAGGUGGAGAUGAACGGUGCGUGGGCCACGGUGCGUGGGCGGACGGCCUGCCCGGGGUCAGCGCAGGGAGUGGCUUCCGAGGUGGGGAACAGGGACGCACCGGCCAUGCAGGGCUCCGGUGAGCACGCUGCGGAAGGAGGGACUCCACGCGGGUCAGGAGGCCCCAGGGCCUGGGUCUGCUGCCCGGGUCCUGGUUCGAGGGCUCCCCUCGGCAUCCUGUACUGGGGAGGGGCCGUGAGGAGAGGGUUAGGGGCCCCAGGAGACAGCGCCUGGGGUGCAGGUCUGGGCCUGGACAGCGGCCGAGCUGACCCGCUGCCGUCCGCAGACGGGAAGCUCUACGACGCCUACGUCUCCUACAGCGACAGCCCCGAUGAUCGCAAGUUCGUGAACUUCAUCCUGAAGCCGCAGCUGGAACGGUGUCGGGGCUACAAGCUCUUCCUGGACGACCGCGACCUCCUGCCGCGGGCAGAGCCCUCGGCCGACCUCCUGGUGAACCUGAGCCGCUGCCGUCGCCUCAUCGUGGUGUUGUCAGACGCCUUCCUGGGGCGGCCCUGGUGCAGCCACAGCUUCCGGGAGGGCCUGUGCCGGCUGCUGGAGCUCACGCGCCGACCCAUCUUCAUCACCUUCGACGGCCAGCGGCGCGACCGCGCGCACCCCGCGCUGCACCUGCUGCACCAGCACCGCCACCUGGUGACCCUGCUGCGCUGGCGGCCCGGCUCCGUGACGCCUUCCUCCGAUUUUUGGAAAGAGCUACAGCUGGCGCUGCCGCGGAAGGUGCAGUACAGAGCGAUGGAGGGAGACCCCCAGACGCGGCUGCAGGAUGACAAGGACCCCAUGCUGAUCGUGCGGGGCCACGUCCCCGAGGGCCAGACCCUGGACCCCGAGCUGGACCCCGACCCCGAGGGGGACCUGGGUGUCCGCGGGCCUGUCUUUGGGGAGCCGUCAGCUGUGCCGCACGCAAGCAGGGCCUCGCUGGGAGAGGGCCGGGGCAGCGAGGUGGACGUCUCGGAUCUUGGCUCCCGGAACUACAGCGCCCGCACGGACUUCUACUGCCUGGUGUCCAAGGACGACAUGUAGCCGCCCCUCGCCCAUCCCCCGGGAGCCGGACCUGGAGCCCCUGGGGGCGGGGGUGGCCCCAGUGCCCCUCCUUGUGCCAGAAAAUAAAGUCCUUUUG